AUGGCCAGACAGUGCCUGCUUCCCUGGUGUGGACAGUGCUACGGGAGGGAAAGGCUGUGGGCAGAGAACCUGCAGCUGUGGGCUUCCUGUGGGGCCCUUCUGGGGCCCUGCGACACCAAGGCUCAUCCUAAAGAAGCUCACGCUGCAGUAGCUGCUGCCCCUGCUGUGGGCAGGAGAGACCAUGGACAGCGCAGGCUCCGGGACCUGGGGCUCCGGGGUGGCGCCUGCGCUGCGGGUGGAGCGCCCACUGGGGGAGGCAUCCUGAACUUCAGGACAGCCCGGGACACUUACAUGAACCCUACAGAAACCUAUAUCCUGCAGGACAAACCACCCCACAGGUCAAGAAGAGGACGUGACUCAGGCCAGGCCUGGAGUGACCAGCUGCCUGGUGUAAACAGUUGUGCACAGAAAAGCACCUCAGAGUGGAAGGACUUUAGACAUGGGGUUUGCAUGUCUCAGAUGGCCCCAAAGGGAGCCCAGGAAGCCUCUGCCUCAGACAUGCUGCUGCUGCUACUGCUUCCUCUGCUGUGGGCAGGUGAGUGGCUGCGGGGAGAGGGGUUGUCGGGCUGGGCCGAGCUGACCCUCGUUUCCCUGGCUAUGGAUCCAAAAAUCUGGCUGCAAGUGCAGGAGUCAGUGACGGUACAGGAGGGUUUGUGCGUCCUCGUGCCCUGCACUUUCUCCCAUCCCGUACCCCACUACGACAGGAAUUCCCCAGUUCAUGGUUACUGGUUCCAGGAAGGAGCCAUUGUAUCCUGGGACUCUCCAGUGGCCACAAACAAGCUAGAUCAAGAAGUACAGCAGGGGAUUCAGGGCCGAUUCCGCCUCCUUGGGGAUCCCAGUAGGAACAACUGUUCCCUGAGCAUCAUGGAUGCCAGGAGGAGGGAUAAUGGUUCAUACUUCUUUUGGAUGGAGAGAGGAAGUACCAAACACAGUUACAAAUCUCCCCAGCUCUCUGUGCAUGUGACAGUCCUGACCCACAGGCCCAACAUCCUCAUCCCGAGGACCCUGGAAUCUGGCCACCCCAGGAAGCUGACCUGCUCUGUGCCCUGGGCCUGUGAGCAGGGGACGCCCCCCAUCUUCUCCUGGAUGUCAGCUGCCCCCAUCUCCCUGGGCCCCAGGACCCUCCACUCCUCAGUGCUCACGAUCAUCCCACGGCCCCAGGACCACGGCACCAACCUCACCUGUCAAGUGACGUUCCCCGGAGCUGGUGUGACCACAGAGAGAACCAUCCAACUCAGUGUCUCCUAUGCUCUAGGGAACCUAAAGAUUGGUGUCUCCCUAGGAGAAGGCACAGGGAAAUCAAGGCCUGUGACAAAGGUGGUUCUGGUGGCCAUUGGGGAGGCAGCUGUGAAGAUCCUGCUUCUCCUUCCUCACCUUCCUCAGUGUGAGGUCCUGCAGGAGGAAGGUGGCAAAGGCAGCAGCAGCCAUGGAGGCUGA